AUGGGGGAAGGGCUUCAGUUGGAGCUGUGGAGGGCUUGGAAUGUGGGAAGGGCUUCAGUUGGAGCUCCAGCCUCGUCAAGCCCCUACAAGGGCUUGGAAUGUGGGAAGAGCUUCAGUUGGAGCUCCCACCUGACCCACCACCGGCUGAUCCACUCGGGGGAACGGCCCCACACGUGUGGGGAGUGCAGGAAGAGCUUCAGUGACCGCUCCAGCCUCAUCAUCCACGUGGGGGAACGGCCCCACAAGUGCUUGGAAUGUGGGAAGAGCUUCAACUCCACAUCCAACCUGAUCCACCACCGGCUCAUCCACACCAGGGAACGGCCCCACAAGUGCUUGGAAUGCGGGAAGAGCUUCAGCUGGAACUCCAACCUCAUCAUCCACCAGCAGCUGCACACUGGUGAACGGCCCCACGAGUGCUUGGAAUGUGGGAAGAGCUUCAGCUCCAGGUCCAACCUGCUCCACCACCGGCUCAUCCACACCGGGGAGAGGCCCCACGAGUGCCCUGAGUGUGGGAAGAGCUUCAGUGACCGCUCCAGCCUCAUCACCCACCAGCGGCUGCACAGUGAACGGCCCCACAAGAGCUUGGAAUGCGGGAAGAGCUUCAGCUCCAGGUCCAGCCUGAUCCACCACCGGCUCAUCCACACCAGGGAGAGGCCUCAAGAGCGUGGGGAGUGUGGGAAGAGCUUCAGUGACCGCUCCAGCCUCAUCAUCCACCAGCACUGGCACACGGGGGAACGGCCCCACGAGUGCCAGAAAUGCAGGAAGAGCUUCAGCUCCAGGUCCAGCCUGAUCCACCACCAGCUCAUCCACACCGGGAAACAGCCCCACACGUGUGGGGAGUGUGGGAAGAGCUUCAGUGACUGCUCCAGCCUCAACAUCCACCAGCACCGGCACACGGGGGAACGGCCCCACGAGUGCCAGAAAUGCGGGAAGAGCUUCAGCUCCACGUCCAGCCUGAUCCACCACCGGCUCAUCCACACUGGGGAACGGCCCCACAAGUGCCCUGAGUGUGGGAAGAGCUUCAGCUCCAGGUCCAACCUGCUCUGCCACCGGAUGAUCCACACCAGGAGAGGCCCCAAGAGCGUGGGGAGUGUGGGAAGAGCUUCCAGCAGAGAGCUGGGCCUUGACCACGUGGCCCCACCGGUAAGGGAAGCCCUACGAGCGCCCCGAGGGCGGGAGGAGCUUCGGGCGCUGCUGCCGCUUCGUCCCCGUCGGGGGAUCCACGCUGGGGGGACAGGUUUGGUGACCCACUGACACCUGGCUGGUUGGUCCCCACAUCCUCCUGGCUCCUCCUGGGCACCUGCAGGGACAGGAACGUCCCUGUCCUGGGUGCAAGAGCCUGGCUGUGACUGCAGUCAGUCAAGGGCAGGGCAGGGAACUCUGCCUCAGUGACUGAUGGGAUGGCAGAGGGGUCCUCGGGUGCCCAGGGUGGGAUCCAGACAAAAGGACCCUCAGAAGACUUUUGGGAGAGAGUGCAGGGCCACCCCUGUGGCCUGUAGGGAGGGGACAGUGUCACUCCCGAGGACAGAGCUGGGAAUUGGGAGGCUGCUCGGCCCCAUCAGUGCCCAGGACCAGCUGCCCAUGCCCAGCUGCCCAUGGCCAGCUCUGCUGCCACAGCCUGUGCCCUCACCUGUGUCCCUGCAAUGUCCCCUCACCUGUGUCCCUGGCUGUGUCCCUGGCUGUCCCCUCACCUGUGUCCCUGUAAUGUCCCUGGCUGUCCCCUCACCUGUGUCCCUGGCUGUCCCCUCACCUGUGUCCCUGCAAUGUCCCCUCACCUGUGUCCCUGCAAUGUCCCCUCACCUGUGUCCCUGCAAUGUCCCCUCACCUGUGUCCCUGGCUGUCCCCUCACCUGUGUCCCUGCAAUGUCCUUGUCUGUCCCCUCACCUGUGUCCUUGUCUGUCCCCUCACCUGUGUCCCUGGCUGUCCCCUCACCUGUGUCCCUGCAAUGUCCCUGGCUGUCCCCUCACCUGUGUCCUUGUCUGUCCCCUCACCUGUGUCCCUGCAAUGUCCCUGCAAUGUCCCCUCACCUGUGUCCCUGCAGUGUCCCCUCACCUGUGUCCCUGGCUGUGUCCCUGGCUGUCCCCUCACCUGUGUCCCUGCAAUGUCCUUGUCUGUCCCCUCACCUGUGUCCCUGCAAUGUCCUUGUCUGUCCCCUCACCUGUGUCCUUGUCUGUCCCCUCACCUGUGUCCCUGGCUGUCCCCUCACCUGUGUCCCUGCAAUG